AGCUUUUUGUGCUCACACAGUUGGAGUGCUGUCAGCCCUGAGGGCCAAAGAUCAUCCUGAUUGCCAGCUGAGAGAGGUGUGAGGUUGCAGGGCCACUUCAGGAAUACGGCCAGCGGUGGCUAAGGACAGCUUUGGCACCGAGUCACUGGUCUGGGUCUGUGUGGACACCAGCAACUGGCUCUGCUCCCCCAGAAGUGCCCAGUGCCAAGGCAUCCGUGGAGAUUGGCCCAGUUGGUCAGAGCGUGGUGCUAAUACCACCAAGCUUUGAUCCCUGCAUGGGCCAUUCACUCAGCAGUUGGAUCCGAUGAUCCCCGUGGGUCGCUUCCAAGCUCAGAAUAUUUUGGGAUUCUGUGCCAUCCCGCUGGGCCCGGAGCAGGCGGUGCCUCCGGAGCCGCCCCUCGCACCCACGUCGGGCUCUGUCCCCGCUCCUCCCUCGCCUCGCCCGGUGGGAACAAGGCUGGGAACAAGGCUGCUUUCAGGAGCGGCUCUGGGUGGCGAGCGCCUCUAGCCCUUUAAGAGGGAAAAUUUGGGUUGUAAUCUGAGCGAAUUUCUCCUUUCUGACAGGCGGGAGAAGUUGCAGGUCCCUCCCUCGCUCCGCUUUAUUAAAUAUAGUAGUAGCAGGAGCCUUCGCCCGUGCCGUCCCGGAGCCGCCGCCGCCGCCGCCGCCGCAGCCCCGGGGACGCGAUGGGUGCCCGCGGUGGCCUCGCCGCGGUGCUGCUGCUGCUGCUGCUGCUGGCCGGGCACCCCCAGCCCCUCCGAGCGGGACCCUCGGCCGGAGCCUCUUUCUUCGGGGACAGCUUCGUGGAGAUGCCGCUGGCGGACGCCUCGCGCACGGUGCGGCUCCGCCUGCAGCUGCUCACCAGCCAGGGCAGCGGGCUGCUCUUCCUGGCUGCCGGCCAGCCCGACCACCUCCUGCUCCAGCUGCACGCCGGCCGCCUGCAGGCCAGGCUGCAGCUGGGCUUGGAGCAGGUGACCUUGCAGUCCCCAGCAGGGCUGCAGCUCAACAACCUGGCAGUGCACGAUGUGGAGCUGCUGGUGGAAGAUGGCAGGAUGACACUGACCAUCGAUGGCCUCUUCAACAGCUCCGCAGACAUUGCAGGGCCAGCAAGGGAGCUGGACAUCCAGCAUGGCCUCUACGCUGGUGGGACAGGCAGCCUGGACCUGCCCUACCUUGCCGAGGCCAGCCCUCCCUUCAGGGGUUGCCUGCACGUGGUGACAUUCAACGGCCUGGAUGUCCUCUCCCAUCUGUCUGCUGACGGCAGCUCCAAGACCUUCUACCACGUCCAGGAAGGGUGCAGCACGCAGUUCUCUGCAGAGCCCGAGGACCCCUUCGGGUUCCCGGGGCCGCACUCCUACGUUGCUUUCCCCACAUGGGACGCCAGGCAGGAAGCGACCAUCGAGUUUGUGAUAACGACGAGCAUCACCCAGGCACCCCUCAUCUACCACGCAGGGCUGGAGAACGACUUCUUCUACCUGGAGAUCUCCAACGGGCGCCUGCGGGGGUUCGUGGAGAAGGGGAACGGCGUCAUCGUCCUGCACAACAACGUCUUCAUCAGCGACGAGCAGCAGCACUACGUCAAAGUCCACACUGACAUCCACAAGUUUGAGAUACUGAUAGAUUACUAUGCUUCGUCCACGUCCAACCGGGGCAUCAACAACUACCUGGACCUUCAGGGAAACCUCUUCAUUGGAGGUAUGGAUGAAAAGGCUUUGCAAAGGCUGAGGGAGCACCACCUUUCUUUCGUCUCAUUGUGGACCAUGACCAACCACUCCUUUGUUGGCUGCUUGGAGGACCUCCGGAUAAACCUGCAGAGGAGGAGCCUGCAGGACGCCGUGAUCACAAAGGACAUCACGGCAGGCUGUGGGAAGCAGGACCACUACUGGGACUACGAGGAGGUGUACGAGCAGGAUGAGGCAUCCACCUCCCCACCUCCAAACGGCUUUUCGGGGGCACCAGGCCUGGUGGUGGAGCCGUGCCGGCCCGACAGCAGCUUCCCACCUGCCUUUGCCAACAUCAGCAGGCUGCUGCACGUCAGCCCCCUCAUCGUCUCUGAGGGGGGCAUGUCCUACCUGGAGUGGAAACACGCCCAGCCAACGGUAGACUUGAGCCUGGCCAACAUCCGCCAGUCCCAAAUCCUCUUCAGCAUCACCAAUGACCCCAGGCAUGGCCAGCUGGAGCUGGACAUUCCCGGGUCCAGGAGCAGAAAGAAGUUCACCUUGUUAGACAUUGUGAAUCGGAAAGUCAGGUACAUCCACGAUGGCUCUGAGGGACCCAUGGACCAGCUGAUGCUGGAGGUGACAGUGACCACCCAGCAAGGGGUCCCCGAGUGCCUGCGCCAGGGGCAGGUGUACCUGCUGCCCAUCAUGAUCAACCCUGUCAAUGAUGCCCCACAGGUGAUCUUUCCCCGGGGGAACCACAUGACAAUCCUGAAGCACACACGGAAACACCUGAGCACUGACAUCCUGCAGGUCCUGGACGAUGACUCAUCCUGCGAUGAUCUGGAAUUCCAGCUGCAUGGUCAGCAGAUGGAGGAGGGUUAUGUGGAGCUGGACUUCCACCCUGGAGUGCCCAUUGAAGAGUUCUCCUGCAGGGACCUGGAAGCUGGCAACAUAGUCUACGUGCACCAGGGUGGGACAAACCUACAGCUCACCUUGCAGGUGAGUGAUGGCCUCGUCCCGAGCCCCAUGGCCACCCUGAGGAUCCUCGCCAUAGAUCCUGAGAUCCGCCUGCUCAAUAACACCGGCCUCUCCCUCUCCCAAGGAGGGGCCGCACGCAUCACCACAGCCAACCUGUCAGUGGAGACGAAUGCUGUGGAACAACGGGUCUCCAUCCUGUAUGUCCUCACUGAGCCUCUGAAGUAUGGUGAGGUCCAGAAGCAAGGGAGCAUGGGAGUGGAAUGGAAAAAAGUCGAGUCCUUCCACCAACAAGACCUGGAGCAAGGGCGCAUCCAGUAUUUUAGCACAGACCCAGAGCACUGGCUGGAAGACAGCGUGGAGGAGGUGAGGUUCAAAGUCCAGGUGGGGCAGAAGCUCUUGCCAAACAACACCUUCCUCAUAAGGAUUAAAAGAGCCACCAUUAAGAUGAGGAUCAUGGCUCCCCUCCAGAUGAAGAAUAAGCGGCACAGAAAUAUCACCAGCAAGGAGCUGGAGGCAAUGUUGGAAGAUCCAAACUCUGCCCCAGUUCCCUUCCACUACAUCAUCAUCCAGGCUCCCAAAAAAGGAAACCUGGAGCUGCUUGGCAACAGGCUGACUGAAGGCUUUGGAUUUACUGAAGAGGACCUGCAGAGAAACCACCUGAGCUACAGCGUGACCAUCAGGAACUCCCAGCAAGCUGAGGACUCCUUCCAGUUCCGUGUCCACGCUGGUGAGCAGCACUCGCCUGUCUAUACCUACAGAAUCAGCAUUGGCGGGGACCCCGAUGCACCAACUUUGACCAAUGUGCUCCUGACCGUGCCGGAAGGGGGACAGGCUGUCAUCUCCAAGGAUCACCUGUUUGUGCAGAGCAUGAACAGCAUGGACUAUGUCUACGAGGUGAUCGAGGGGCCAGCACACGGGAGGCUGGCCUGGGCUGCGUCCCACGGCUGGGCCUCCAGGGAGGAGAUCACCGAGUUCACCAACGACGACAUCCUGCAGCGCCGGUUGCUGUACCAGCACGACGACUCCGAGACGCUGGAGGACGACAUCCCCUUCGUGGCCGUCAGGCAGGGUGAGGGCAGUGCCGAGGCCGAGGCCGAGGAGGUGAGGGGCGUGUUCAGGGUCUCCAUCCAACCCGUCAAUGACCACAGCCCUGUCCGGGCGGUGAACAGAGUCUUCAACGUGGUGCGCAACGGGCAGCACCUGCUGACCACUGACGACAUCGCCUUCACUGACAAGGACUCCGGCUUCUCCGACGCGCAGCUGGUGCUGACCAGGAAGGACAUCUUAUUCGGCAGCAUUGUGUCUGUUGACGACAGAAGCCACCAGCUCUACCGAUUCACACAGGAUGACCUGAGGAAGAAGAAGAUCCUCUUUGUCCAUUCUGGGGCUGACCGGGGCUGGAUCCAGCUGCAGGUCUCGGAUGGCCUCCACCAAACCACAGCCCUCCUGGAAGUGCAGGCAUCAGAGCCCUACAUCAAAAUAGUCAACAACACCGGUCUGGUCAUCCACCAGGGCACCCAGGCGAGCAUUGACUCCUCUGUCCUCAGCCUGGAGACCAACAUGGACAUCAGGUCAGAUGAAGAGAUACGGUUCCUGAUAACCACCCCUCCAAGGUGGGGCACCGUGCGGAGAGGGGAGCAGCCGGUCAUGGCCUUCUCCCAGAGGGACCUGCUGGCAGGAGAGAUUUCCUACCACCACAACGGGAGCAGGAACACCCGCGAUGAGCUCCAGUUCACUGUAGAAGCAAAUGAGGUGGCGGUGGAGGACACACUGGCCAUCAGCGUGUUCUUGGAUACCCAUCCCAGCCCCUUGAGCUUAGUCAACCACAAGGAGAUCUAUGUUUUCCAGGGGGAGGCAGCUGGGAUCAAGGAGGAGGACUUACUGGUGACCCACGAAGAGAUAUCUUCCCAAGACAUCGUCUACCUGGUGAGCAGCCCCCCAGCCUCCGGCUUCCUGGCAAUGCUUCAGCACAGCCAGGACAUGAACGAGCAGCCCAGCCUGGACCCCAUCCAGUCCUUCACCCAGGAGGACAUCAACAGUGGCAGAGUCCUCUACCUGCACUCCAAGCCCAACGAGGAGCGUGACCGGUUUGUCCUGGACAUCACAGCCCGCAGUGCAGACCCUCUGGAGGGGGUAGUGGUCAGCCUGGUUGUGCUUCCCAUCACUGUCCCCUUGGAUGUCCACAACAUCACUGUGCCAGGAGGUGGCUCUGCCACCAUCUCCUCAAGCAUCCUCCGCAUUCCCAACACCCACUACCCAGCUCUUGGUGUGGAGUUCAGAGUGCUCCAGCCCCCCCGCUUCGGCACCCUCCUGAGCAGCCAGCGGCCCGAGCAGGGCGGGCUGCACAGCUUCACCUGGAGCGAGGUGGAGAACCAGCAGAUCCAGUACAGGCAGGAUGGCCCCCGGUCCCUCGCUGACAGUUUCACCAUCCUGGCCAACGCGUCCGCGGUAUCCCGGCAGAGCCAUGCCCGGACUCUCUUCAUCACCAUCCUGCCCCGCAGCACCAAGGGGCCGCGCCUGAAGGUCAACGCCGGUUUGCAGCUGCGGGAAGGAGCCACGGCUGUUCUCAGCCCCCACAUCCUGAGUGCCGAGGACGAGGACUCCCCAGCGGAGGAGGUGACCUACUCCAUCCAGCCCCCGGCCAACGGGAAGGUGGUGCUGAGGUCGGCGCCCGGCGCUGAGGUCCAGAGGUUCACUCAGGCCCAGAUCGACAACGGCCUCAUCCUCUUCGUGCACCAAGGACCCCUGGAUGGCGGCUUCGCCUUCGAUCUGUGGGAUGGAGAGAAUCUGUCUCCUGGGCACUUCUUCCUCAUCAGGGCCCAGAGAGAGCCCAUCAUCAGCCUGGCCAGGAAGCAGAGCCUCACUGUCUGCCCAGGUGCCCUGAAGCCCAUCACCAGCCAGAACCUGCAGGCAAUGAGCAACAGCCCCACCAGCCCCACCACACUGUACUACAGCAUCGAGCAAGCCCCUCGCCUGGGCAGGCUGAUCACCUCACAGGGGGAGGAAAUCAGGAACUUCACCCAAGCCCAGGUGGACAGCAAGCUGAUUUUCUACCAGCACGAGAUGCCAGACAAGCCCUUCUGGCUGGCACAAGACACCAUCCGCUUCCGUGUGGUGACUCCCACGACCAUCUCAGAUUCUUUCAUCCUCCUUGUCCUGAUCUCCUUUGAGGAAAAUUGUCCCCAGCGCUUGACUCAGCUUUGGAAAAACGCAGGUCUGCAGCUCACAAGGGCUCAGCAGGCUGAGAUUGACACCUCGGUGUUGGAUGCCUCCAACCUCCUGAGCCAAAUCCUGGUCCCUGAGAGGGCUGCACAUGAUGUUGUCUUCCUGGUGACGGAGCCACCAGCUCACGGACAGCUCUUGGUGGCCGGUGUGCCUCUGGAGCAGCCGCGGCCAUUCUUCCUGCAGUCAGACCUGGCGGCGAGGCGUCUGGUGUACGCCCACAGUGGGGACAGCACCCCCAAAGAUCGUUUCAGUUUUCAGGCUUGGCUGCAGCCCCGGGAACAGCAGCCUGUUCAUCCUCCGCAGGACGGGGUGCUCAUCUCUGAAGCUUUCAACAUAACAGUGACCGGUGGCACCAAGCCACCGCGGGUGGUGAAGCGGCAAGAAGUGCUGCAGGUGCCACCAGGCGCCGUGGUCACCUUGUCACAGGAGUACCUGGAUGUGGCAGACCCACCUGUGUCCCCAGAAGAGCUGGUGUACAGCGUCCUGCAGAGACCCCUCGCUGGCCACGUGGCCGGGGCACACAGCCCUGGGGAACCCAUCAGCCGCUUCACCCAGGCCGAUGUCAAUGCUGGCCGCGUGGUGUUUGUUGCCACUGGGAGCCGUGGCCCAGGCUCCUUAGCCCUGGGGCUCUCCAGUGGCCACCACCCACCAAUCCAGACCUCACUAGAGAUCGAGGUGCUGCCUGCCCUGAGCACCACUGCCCUGCUGGAGGUGCCCCAAGACCUGAACAGGGCCCCCGUGUCCCACCACCACCUGCUGGGUGCGGCACUGCGAGGGACAGGCAAUGUCCUGUACAGGAUCACCAGGGACCCCCGCUUUGGACAGGUGCAAGUCAACCAAAAGCCAUCACGAGGCUUCUCUCAGAAGCAGCUGGAUCGCAGGGAGGUGACGUUCAUCUUCCGUGACCUCAGGUCGCCUGAGGAUGACUUCCAGUUUGUCGCCAUUUCGCGGGCAGGAAACAGGAGCGGCGUGGUGAAUGUGACCGUGCGGGCUGCGGUGAAGACCCGGGUGGGCAGCCUGUGGCCCCGAGGCACCACAGCCCUCCUGGACACCAGUGUCCUCGAUGCCAGUGAGCUGGCCAACCGCACCCAGAGCGUCCCGGUCUUCAAGGUCCGCAGGGCGCCCCGUGCCAGCCGCCUUGUGAGGGUACCCAGGGAUCCAGGACAGCCCACCUCCCCAAUCGACACCUUCAGCCAGAGUGAGCUGGAGCAAGGGCUGGUGGGGCUGGAGGUGCUGGAUGCUGGGGACACCCAGCAGCCCCUGCAGAGGGACAGCUUUUCCUUCGAGCUGGUGGCUGCCGGCGUGCCACCAGCGCUGGCUUCCCUGGAGUACAGCAUCGAGCCCUACAACGCCUCCAAAUCCUACGGUGUCACCCUGCUCACGGUGCCGCACCGUGAGGGUGGGGCACCCUCACCCCCAGCACCCCGUGGCACGGCACGGAGCAGCCCCAAUGCCAGCGGGCUGGGCGUGCCCUCUACUCCCUGGCUGGCCCCCAGUGCCACCCCUAGCCCCAGCCCCGGGACGGGGGGCACCUUCCUCAGCUUCAUUGAGGCCAACAUGUUCAGCAUCAUCAUCCCCAUCUGCCUCAUCUUCCUCCUGCUGGCCCUCAUCUUGCCCCUGCUCUUCUACCUGCACAAGCGCAACAAGACCGGGAAGCACCACGUGCAGGGCACCCCCGCCUCCAAGGCCAAGAACGGGGCUGUGCCAGACCACGAGACCUUCCGGAGGACAGACCCCAGCCAAAACAUCCCCUUAACGACUGUCACCACCCUGGAGGGCAAGGGCACGGGCCCCCCGCCCUCAGGGGCUCCUCCAGACCCCGAGCUCCUCCAGUACUGCCGGACUUCCAACCCCCCACUGAAAAACAACCAGUACUGGGUGUGAAGGGUUCAGGUGCGGGGCAUGAGACCACCUGGGCAUCCAGCCCCUCCCGCAGCACCACCAGCGCCUCCUCCCACCUCUCCUCCUCCUCCCUGGGAGCUGGCAUCCCACAGAUGCAGGAGGGCCCUGGGGAUACAGGGGCUGCUGCUCCAGCCCACAUCUUGUAGCCCCGCGUCUCCUUUGGGCAGGGGAGGGGGACACUGCAUAAGCAACUGGGGACAGGCAAAAUUCCCGAGCAUCGCUGGGAAUCGCUGACUUUGGGUGCUCAUUUGGCCACCUGAUGGAGACCACAGUGCUGGGGGGCACCUGAUGACACUGGUCCCCACAGAGCCACCCAGGCUGGCCCAGUGGUGGCUUCUCAGAAGGCAGCACAGUCGCCACAGGGGUGCUUUUCACAGCUCUUGGUAAGAGAGGGAGGAUGAGGAGCAGCUUGCGCUGAGUCAGGCUGGGGAUGAAGCUGCCCAAAUUCCCCAGGGCUAGGCGGGCUGAGACACUGGAGCAGAGGCUCGGAAAAUAUUCUGUGGCCAAUGCCAAGGGAAUUUAGGAGUCCCCACCCACUUGGAAAAAUACCCGCCUCGCUCUUUCUCUGCUUGCCGUGUGCUGCAUGAAGCCAAUUGCACCGAGACCUGGGGGGGUUGCACAACAGGUAGGAUGCCCUUGGCAGGGAGGGAUGGCUGGAGCUCACCUGGGCAGUGUGAAACCAGAGAGGAGAGCAGAGCAGCGGAGCCAGCACGGUUUUCCACUGUAUACUCCAGUAUGGCAGAAGCAAAGAGAAUAAAGUGCCUUUUCCGAGGUGCA